AAGCGACCUCCCUCCCUCCAUCGUUAUAUUUUGAAAUUCAAAUGGGAAGCUGUGGUUGGUUGUCCAUGAACUCUCCACUUUCCCACGAAGAACAAAACUAAACCCAUUUCUCUUUCAAAGAUUUUGAAUUGUUCCUCUGCUCAAAAAGGCUGGAGUUCCUUUCUGUCCUUCAGAUAACCAUUGCCUCUAAAGCUUUGACUAUCUGAUAUCAUUUAAUACUCAUUGCUCUGUUUCUUCUCUGAUUUGAUGGGGGGUUCUGGGAAAUGGAGGAAGGUCUUUACAGGGCAGAGGAAGUCUGAGAAGGACGACAAUGAGAAGUUGUGUAGUAAAACUAAGAAAUGGAGGCUAUGGAGGAGCCCUUCAGGGGAUUUGAGCUCUGUAUGGAAGGGUUAUAAAGGGGCACAUAAAGCAGCUUCUGAAGGCUCUGAUUCUCCUCGAGCGCCUGAUUCUUUUACUGCCGCCGUCGCCGCUGUCCUCCGUGCUCCGCCCAAGAAUUUCAGGGUUGUCCGCCAAGAAUGGGCUGCAAUUCGGAUCCAAACUGCAUUUCGUGGUUUCUUGUCUAGGAGGGCUCUUAGAGCCUUGAAGGGAGUGGUGAGGCUUCAAGCUCUGGUGAGGGGUCGUUUGGUGAGGAAGCAGGCAGCUAUUACACUGAGGUGCAUGCAGGCUCUGGUUAGAGUCCAAGCUCGUGUCCGAGCGCGUCAUGUGAGGAUGUCGGUUGAGGGGCAGGCUGUGCAGCAAUUGCUUAAUGAACAUCGCAGCAAGGCUGAUCUCCUAAAGCAAGCUGAGGAAGGUUGGUGUGAUAGCAAAGGGACAAUGGAAGAUAUCAAAGCUAAGUUACAAAUGAAGCAAUAUGGAGCAUUUAAGAGGGAAAGAGCAAUUGCUUACUCUCUUGUUCAGAAGCAAUUGAAGGCAACACCAAGCUCAACUUCGCAAGUAAAUGCAUCGAUUUACGCUCUUAAGAAUUCCGAGUUCGACAAGAACAAUUGGGGAUGGAGUUGGUUGGAGAGAUGGAUGGCAGCNACGUGGAAUAAAAUUUGUAAGAAUUGUAAUUUCCUCCCCAUUUCAAUAUAA